AUAUUUAUCUGCCCCUUUUCACUUUCAUGUGAUGUCAUUCUCAAGGUGGGGUUUAUUCGUAUAAAGGGCGUUACAGUCUAGAACUUCUCUAGUACUGAACGCGAUUCACAAGAUGAUAAUUCAAGUACAAAUAUUGCUGCUAGCAAUAAUAACCAUUGCUGCUGGAGACCACCCAGUCAAAACGCAACGCUGCCCAACCUAUUGUUCUUUAGAGUAUGAUCCUGUGUGCACUGUGCUGUACGGACGAUAUAGGGAAUUCGGAAACCAAUGCGAAUUGAAUAGUUUCAACUGUCGACAGAAUUUAGAUUUGCAAGGGAGAAGGGGUGAAUGCCCAGAGGGAAGACCGCCAAGAGGUAGAGAUCGUGGGAAGAAAGUCAACAAUGAGGAAUAUGUGAAAGUUUCGUUGUUGGACAUUUUGUAAAAGAUGUAAUUGAAUACUUUUGCAAUGGUAAUGAUAUCUUAGCAAAUGGUUGAAAUAAAUCAACUUUUUUCAGAAAGGAAGCUUUAACAUUUC